UUUAUAUUGAAGCAAAGCUACAUUCGGCUCAAGAGUCGCCCUGUUGACAAUCCAGGAAGAAAGGUAUACGGGACCUAAAUAUCUGACGAUCUGAGGAAAACAAGACGGAUAAUGUCGUUUCAUUGUUGCUAUUCCAAAUUAUCCGAGAAACAACCGACAAGUGAACAUGAAAGGCUACCGUCUUCUUUGUGUGAUUUUCAUUCUCUUUCAUGGAUUGUGCUCAUCAUCCCAAGAGAUCAAUGGGACCUCAAACAAGGCUUUGAUGGAAAAACGCGCUCGGGAAAAGAAGAUUUUGAACAUCUUCUCAGUGGUGCAAUUUCGAAACUCUCCAUGCCAGAGUACAAUGACUUUAGUUGGAGCUAUAGGAACUAAUUUCCGGAAUGGAACCUGUCUUACCAGUGCAGAAUGUGCCCAACAAUCGGGAACAGCGUCCGGAUCUUGUGCUUCAGGAUUUGGCGUAUGUUGUGUGUUCAUGAUCAGUACUUGUGGAGCCACGGUCACUCGUAAUUGUUCCUACAUCAAGAAUCCAGGGUUUCCAACCGCUUACACCGACACUGCUUCGUGUACUUUCACCAUCGCCAAAUGUGACCCAUCGGUUUGCGACUUCCGACUCGAUUUUGAUCAAUUUACCCUCAACGGGCCGAGCGGAACAUUGGAACUUAACGAGGGCGAUUGUAAUACCGACUCCCUAACCUCGACUACAACGUCUGGUCAAGUAACCCCCGUGAUAUGUGGGGGAAAUGCUGGCCAACACAUAUAUUUGGACGCUGGAGACUCAGCCACAGGAACAGCAGCGCUCAAUUUCGCGUUUACAGAUGCUGGCAGUCGCAUUUGGGACAUCAAAGUGACACAAAUCCCUUGCAGUGCCAAUUAUAAACGUCCCGAUGGUUGUUUACAAUACCACACUGGCAUUGAUGGUCGUCUUACCACAUUCAACUUUGAUGGAGUCGUGCCUCAGCAUUUAGAUGCCCAACAAUAUAACGUUUGCAUCCGCCAAGAAGAAGGUUAUUGUUGUAUCACUUACACACCCUGCGCCACACCCACCCCUUCCUUCGCUCUGGACCCCGCCGGAGAAAAUGAUCUCUCGAAAGCAAUGGUCGAUGCAAUGUGCAUGGAAGAUUUUAUUCGUAUCGAAGAGGGACGUUGCGUUGGAUCGCUGAAUGGCCGGAAUAUUUUUUGCGGAGGAAUUCUAUCAGAUGCCAAUGACGCCGAAGCCAAUUGCCCGAUUCAAGAUUGUACUCAACCCUUUCAAGUGGGUGUGUUCACGAAUGCAGCUAUUGCCGUGGCGAAUGGAGUGACUGUUGCCAAUGGUAAUCGAGGAGUAUGUCUGGAAUAUACCCAACAACCUUGCUAGUUAAAUCUAAACUUGUGUCUAAAUAUAGUGUCUGGUUUUAUAUAUCAUCAAACCCCGAAAAUAAAUCUAUAUUUACUAUCCCAGCGUUGCCGCCUAAAAG